GGAGCCUGCGGGCGUGUGUAGGCUGGAGGGCUGGUGGGAUGGCGGAUGAGGAGGAAGACCCCGCUUUUGAGGAAGAAAAUGAAGAAAUUGGAGGAGGUACAGAAGGUGGACAGGGUAAAAGAAAGAGACUUUUUUCUAAAGAAUUGAGAUGUAUGAUGUAUGGUUUUGGAGAUGACCAGAAUCCUUAUACUGAGUCAGUAGAUAUUCUUGAAGACCUUGUCAUAGAAUUCAUUACUGAAAUGACUCACAAGGCAAUGUCAAUUGGAAGACAAGGUCGAGUACAAGUUGAAGAUAUCGUCUUCUUGAUUCGAAAGGACCCCAGGAAGUUUGCUAGGGUUAAAGACUUGCUUACUAUGAAUGAAGAAUUGAAACGGGCUAGAAAAGCAUUUGAUGAAGCCAACUAUGGAUCUUGACAUCUUUUGUAGUUCCUGAAACUCCAUUAUAUUCUAGUGAAACCAUAUGUAAUAAUUGUUAUAUUUUCUGCAGUGAGGUUCUGAUAUUUACCUAGGUGAAUGAAAGAUAGAGAAACAGUUUUUUUGUCUUUAUUUUCAUGCCUUUGGUUUUAUAGUGAUGUUGGAUUAAUUGCCUGCCUUUAUAUGACCAUGCUUGAAUUACUUACUGAGUUUUAAUGACCACACAUAAGUUAAAGUAUCUUUCCAACCAGGCAAUUCUUUCUAUUAACAAAGGUUGAAAUAUUAAUAGUUGGGUUAGAUGUAUUUGUGCUAUUGUAAGCUAUACUGUAGCUGUUUAAUAUGUGAAAUCUAAAUGGCAUCUUUGACUAUGAUAGGUGAAAUGUGCUUUAUGUAUUCUGAAGUUUUUAUAUAAAACUAGUCUGAGAUUAUUGUAGUGAACUUUUUUAUCUUUUGUUUAUAUUUGUAUCUUUAUGUUUAUUUUUAUUUUUUUGAGACAGAGCUUCACUUUGUUGCCCUGGCAUCGUAGCUCUCAGAACCUUAGACUCCAGGGCUCAAGUGAUUUUCUUGCCUCAGCCUCCACAGUAGCUGUGUCUACAGGCACCUGCCAC